CGCCCCAGAGCACGCACAAGAGUUGUAUGAAAUGACGUGGAAUUUGUAACUCGCUUACAAGCGCGAUAUCAAAGUGCGCAUGAUUUCGAGAGUAUUUAAUAAAACGAGCUACUGUAGUCUUUAUUGAAGUUUCAAGUUUAAAUGUGCUUAUAGUCAUAGUUUGCUACCAAACAUGAUUGUUUCUAGUGUCAGUUAGCUAACAGUAGCUUCUGCUAACUACGAUAACUGAAUUGAGAAGAGUUCACGGAAGCAGAGCUAGCUAGCACAAGUGACAGAGUUCCUACUAGCUAGGAUCUUCUGGUUCUCUAUCGAUAGCUAGGUUAUAUGGCUACAGCAAGAUGACUUCAACAACCACUUCGACGGGAACGUCUUGACUGGACUCGAGACGUGUCACUGAUAAGCCAAUGAUUGACACGGUGUUGAAGCGAAUGCUCAUCAGUAGUUUGUUAGCUAGCAUGCUAGGUAGCUACUUCCAACGACGCCGGAGCCCGCAUUUAUAAGCCUACCCAGUUAAGUGGUUUGCGCUCGAGACUAACGUUAGUUAGCUGUAGUUGAAGCUAACUAGCUGGUUGUAUUGUAAGGACAAGAGCAAGCUGUCAAGAUGGGUUCGUUGUUCCGAAGUGAAGAGAUGUGUUUGGCCCAGAUGUUUCUGCAGUCUGGAUCGGCAUACGACUGCAUUAGCGAACUGGGAGAAAUGGGUCUGGUGGAAUUCAGAGACCUCAACCCCAGCGUAAACCUAUUCCAGCGGAAGUUUGUCACUGAGAUAAAACGAUGUGAGGAAAUGGAGAGAAUUCUAGGGUACCUUCUAAGGGAAAUCAAGAGAGCAGACAUCCCACUUCCAGAGGGAGAAGUGAACCCGAUUGCACCCCAGCCCAAGCAUGUCCUGGUUAUAAUGGAGCAGUUGCAGAGGCUGGAGGUGGAGCUGAGUGAGGUGACCAGGAAUAAGGAGAAGCUACAGAAGAACCUCCUGGAGCUGACCGAGUACACACACAUGCUGCGUAUCACACGCAACUUUGUGCACCGCAGCACAGAACGUGAGCCCCUGCACGCCCAGCAUGAGUUCUCCUUCCUAGAUGACUCCAUGAUGGAAUACUCUAGCAUGCAGCGGCUAGGAGCCAAACUAGGGUUUAUAUCAGGGCUGAUUCAGAGGGUGAAGAUAGAGGCCUUUGAGCGCAUGCUGUGGAGAGUGUGUAAGGGCUACACCAUUCUUAGCUACUCUGAGAUUGACGAGUAUUUGGAGGACCCUGACACGGGUGAGCCAACCAAGAGUGUGGUGUUCCUCAUCUCUUAUUGGGGUGAGCAGAUCGGACAGAAAGUCAAGAAGAUCUGUGACUGCUACCACUGUCAUGUGUAUCCAUACCCUAACAGCAAUGAGGAGAGGAAUGAUGUUGUGGAGGGACUCAGGACUCGCAUCCAGGACCUGCACACUGUUCUCCAUAGGACAGAAGACUACCUGAGACAGGUGUUGAACAAGGCCUCUGAGUCUGUCUACACCUGGGUCAUCCAGGUCAAGAAGAUGAAGUCCAUCUACUACAUCCUCAACCUGUGCAGCUUUGACGUCACUAACAAGUGUCUGAUAGCUGAGGUGUGGUGCCCUGUCAACGACCUGCCGACCCUGCGGUGGGCGCUAGAGGAAGGAUCGAGGAAAAGUGGAGCCACAGUGCCUUCUUUUGUCAACCGUAUCCCCAGCAACGACACUCCGCCUACCCUGAUAAGGACCAACAAGUUCACCUCAGGCUUCCAGAGCAUAGUGGAGGCCUAUGGAGUGGGAAACUAUAGAGAGGUUAACCCAGCUCCUUACACAGUCAUCACCUUCCCCUUCCUGUUUGCUGUGAUGUUUGGAGACCUGGGCCAUGGUAUGAUCAUGGCUCUGUUUGCUCUCUGGAUGGUGCUGUAUGAAGACAACCGCAAACUGAAGCGCACAAGAAACGAGAUCUGGAACACGUUCUUCGAGGGCCGUUACAUCAUCCUGAUGAUGGGCUUGUUCUCGGUCUAUACCGGCCUCAUCUACAACGACUGCUUUUCCAAGUCUCUCAACAUCUUUGGCUCUUGCUGGAAUGUCAACGCCAUGUUUAAAUCUGGAAAUUGGACUUGGGAUUCCACGCUCCGCACCAAUGCCUUUCUGACCCUUGAUCCCAUUGUCCCUGGGGUUUUCAAAGGACCCUACCCUUUGGGCAUUGACCCGAUUUGGAACUUGGCGUCAAAUCGUCUGACCUUUCUGAACUCCUACAAGAUGAAGAUGUCUGUGAUUGUGGGUAUCAUUCACAUGAGUUUCGGGGUCAUCCUAGGUGUCUUCAACCACCUACACUUCAGAAAGAAGUUCAACCUGUACUUAGUAUUCCUCCCGGAGCUGCUGUUCCUGCUGUGUCUGUUUGGCUACCUGGUCUUCAUGAUCAUCUACAAGUGGCUGGCCUUCUCUGCCCGUGACUCCCAGAUGGCCCCCAGCAUCCUCAUACACUUCAUCAACAUGUUCCUCAUGCAGGGGGACGGGGUGCCGCCCCUCUUCCCAGGACAGGUUGGGCUGCAGGUGUUCCUGGUGGUAAUUGCUAUACUAUCAGUGCCUGUCUUACUGCUGGGGAAACCAGUUUACCUCUACUUGCUGCACAACGGAGGAGCCAACCUCAUGGGAAUGUACAGGGGUUAUGAGCGUGUGCGGCGGCACAGCGAGGAAGAGCUUUCCCUGAUGAGGGCUCAUGACAUGGAGGAGGGCAGUGUCCACAAUGACCUCUCCACUAGCAGAGAGCAGCAGAAAGAAGAGUUUGACUUUGGGGAUGUGUUCCUGCACCAGUCUAUUCACACCAUAGAGUACUGCCUGGGCUGCAUCUCCAACACAGCCUCCUACCUGCGCCUCUGGGCUCUGAGUCUGGCACAUGCCCAGCUGUCGGAGGUGCUGUGGUCCAUGGUGAUGCGGGUGGGCCUGCGGAUGGACACCAGUCUGGGCAUCAUGUUUCUGGUGCCAGUGUUUGGGAUAUUUGCUGUGCUCACUGUGUCUAUCCUCCUGGUUAUGGAGGGACUGUCUGCCUUCCUCCAUGCUCUCAGGCUGCACUGGGUGGAGUUCCAAAAUAAGUUCUACAGUGGGACUGGAAUCAAGUUUGUUCCCUUUGCCUUCUCCCUCCUGCCCUCUAGCUUUGAACAUGAUGGCUUGCUGUGAAUGGGACACAAUGCUCCCGCCCUCCAAGGCAAACUGCCACAAUGUACCAGCAGGAUCCAGUGCUAUUGAGCUAGCCUGCGUACCAGUCUCUUUGUGCCAUCAUGCCAAACAUGUUCAUCUACAAGUGGCUGGCCUUCUCUGCCCGCGACAUGUGAUGGCACAAAACGAUUGGUACCCUAACUACUAUUGAGCCUCAUCGAUGUACAGUUCAAUUUCAUAGUGGUUUUUUAUACUAUUUGAUGUACUGACUGACUGCCUUACAUAUGUACAAUCAAAUGUCAACAUAUCAUGCUCUAUUUUCAAUUGAAUGAUACUCUGGGUUACCAAAACUUUGCAAAGAAAAGCCUCAUUCAGUCUUGGUUUAAAAUGAAAAGUAUUUUUAGAUGAAUGUAGGAGCGGGAUGUACAUUUUCUUUUAUAAAAAAUAAAGUUGGAAUGAGAGUUUAGCAUUUGAAAGACUACGACAGGCUUAACUAUAGUGGUGCAUAUAUUCAAGAGAAAAUGUAUGCAUACUGUUGUGCUGAAUGUUAGCAAAAAUGUCCCAACACAUGUUGCCUAUGCCUCCAUCGCUUUGUGGGAGACUACUCUUAACUGUACAUUCCAUCGAUGGAAAUUGAAUGUAUAGCUCAAGACAUCAUUCACAGAGAUAGUUCUGCUGGUCAAGAGCCAUUUUAAUGACACCAACAAUCCCCGAUUAGGAAUAAAGCAGGUACUGGACCAGUGCAGCAAUCAAUUCUUGCUGAAGCCUUUUCCUAUAUUCCCAUCCUGUAGCACCAUAGCCGGAGAAUGUCAUUUUUGUUGUUUGGUAAUGGCAUUGUACCUUAAAGAUGAAAAAAGAAGGGGUAUAAUUUAUUUGAUAUAUAUAAAAUAAAUUAUACCCCUUCUUUUUUCAUCUUUAAGGUACAAUAUAUACAGUACCAGUCAAAAGUUGGGGUUUUCUUUAUUUUCUACUAUUUUCUACAUUGUGGAAUAAUAGUGAAGAUGUCGUAACUAUGAAAUAACAAGGAAUAAUGUAGUAAUCAAAAUA